AAUGCAUUUGCCCGCUGGACCCACAAUGGUGGCCAAUACGACCGCCCACACACAGGUGCUGGCUGCGGCGGCAGCAGCGGCGGCGGCAGCGGCAGCGGCGGCGGUUGCCACAAAUGUUAGCCAGGGCAAUAUCAGCACACAUUCGGCCAGCAGCACGGGCAGCUCCACGCCGGACAACAACAACAGCAGCAGCAGCAGCAGCAACAACAACAACAACAACAGCAGCAGCAAUAAUAACAACAACAGCAGCAGCAACAACAACUCCAGCUCGAACAACAACACAAACUCGGCGAAAAUGCCGAGCUCCAUGACAGACAUGUUCGCCAGCCUGCACGAAAUGCUGCAGGAAUAUCACGGCGAAUUGGCGCAAACGGGUUCGCCGUCGAUCCUCUGCAGUGCGCUGCCCAAUCACUGGCGCUCCAACAAAUCGCUGCCGGGCGCCUUCAAGGUGAUCGCACUGGACGAUGUGCCGGACGGAACGCUCGUGUCGAUCAAGUGCGGCAACGAUGAGAAUUAUUGCGGCGAAUUGCGCAAUUGCACCACGACGAUGAAGAAUCAGGUGGCGAAGUUUAAUGAUCUGCGCUUCGUGGGACGUUCGGGCAGGGGCAAAUCCUUUACGCUGACCAUCACCAUUGCCACGUAUCCGGUGCAGAUAGCCAGCUACAGUAAAGCCAUCAAAGUAACGGUCGACGGGCCGCGGGAGCCAAGAAGUAAGCAAAGCUAUGGCUAUCCACAUCCCGGCGCCUUUAAUCCCUUCAUGCUGAAUCCGGCGUGGCUCGAUGCCGCUUAUAUGACGUACGGCUAUGCGGAUUACUUCCGUCACCAGCAGGCAGCCGCCGCUGCAGUGCAUCAUCCGGCGCUGUCCAAGGCAGCCACAUCGCCCAAUGGCAGCGCCAGUGGCGUUGUUUCGCCCGGUGCCGUCGGCUCUGGCGCUGCUGCCAGCGUGGCUGCCACAGCUGCCACAACCGCCGAUUAUCCGGCAACAGCGGUUGCGGGUGUGGCUGCCGUACCGCCUGCCUCCAUGAUGCCAUCGCCGCCGGGCGGCGCACCAGCCGCUGCCUAUGCGAUGCCGCAGUUCCCCUUCAAUCAUGUGGCAGCCGCAGCCGCAGCAGCCGCUCACCAGCAUCAACAUCCGCAUCCGCAUCCGCAUUCGCAUCCGCAUGCGAGUCAAAAGUCCACGCCGCACGCCUUCCAUCCGUACAAUUUUGCGGCAGCGGCAGGAUUGCGGGCACGCAACGCGGCAGCUGUGGCACUGCAUCAUGUGGCAGAUGCGGCCCACAUGAGUCCCGCCUCGUCGCGUCCCUCGAGCUCCUCGCCAACGCCCCAUGUGCUGCUCAAGCUGAACACAUCGAUUGAGACGAGCUCCAUACACGAACAGUCCGCCUCGGAUGCGGACUCCGAUGAUGAGCAGAUCGAUGUGGUCAAGUCGGAGUAUGAGCUGGACAAGUCCAUCGAUUCCACGCGCAGCUCACCCACCCAGCAAAUCUCUGUGCCCCUUCGCAUGCGCUGUGAUCUCAAGGCGCCCUCCGCCCUCAAGCCUCUCUAUCAUGAAUCUGCGGCAGCGGCGGCAGCUCCACGUCAAGCGUCACCGGAGACGACGCUGCCGGCGGCAACGAAGCUGAAGAGCGCCGCCGUACAGCAGAAGACUGUGUGGAGACCCUAUUAAACACACACACACACACACACUACCCAACACACACACACACAGAGUGAUAGUUCGAAUGGAUGCAGAAAGCAGGCGCAGAGCGGCAGCAACAUUGUGAUAUAGUCAUAUAAGUUAGACACGUCCACGGCAGAGCACAGCACAAAAGUAAGAGAGAGAGAGAGAGAGAGGAUGCAAGAAAGGACUCCGGCCGGCAAACGGAGCGCAACAGGAUAUACUCGCAUAUAUCCCAACACGGAUAAGGGAAAGGAUAAUGGAAAGUGCGGCGAGCUCCCUCGAAGUUUUAUGCUCGAUUCAUAAAAUCGUGCGUUGAGUUCGUUACACACGCACACACACACACACACACACACAUUGCAAUAC